UGCAGACGCUUCUCUUCGGAAAAGACGCCAUCGCAGAUUUCGUCCGUCUUCGUCACCCGGCCUCAGGCAGCUCCCUGCGCUUCGCUGCUUGAUUUCCUUGGCCAAUUUGCAAGUAAUGGCUGCUCCAAACGCGGAGGUGAAGCCCGAUGUUGCUGCUCAAAAUCAGCAACAGCAACAGCAGCAAGGGAAACCCGAAGGUUCUGGUAAUUUUCACGGUGGACAUGGAGGACGCGGCGGCGGAGGCAGCCGAGGUGGUCCCGGGGGUAGACGCUUCAGCGGCCCCGGCAGGGAUCAUAGCAGAGGAUCUAGAGGUGGUCCCGGAGGCAACGAUAUGAACUCUGGAAAUAGGAGCUCCAUGAACUCUCCAGGAAACAGAGGGGGUGCUGUUAGCACUCCUGGCAAUCGUGGAGGACCUCCUAGUAGAAUGAGCACUGGUUCUACUAAUACUCCCAAGGUAAAAUCCGAGGCAGAUGACAACACUCCGAAUCGCAUGCAGAACAGCCUGAAUCAGCGUCCUCGGGGUGUCUUCAGAGGUGGUCCAAAUAGAGACGACAGACCUCGUGGUGGUCAAGAGGACCGAUUCAAUGAGAAACUUUCAACAUUGGCUGGCCCAACUCAUGACCUCCCUCCCCUAGACCUAUCAGAGAAAAAGUUUUCUGGGAAAAACAGGCUUUAUAUUGGUAAUCUUACCAAUGAUGUUACAGAAGAGGAAAUCACCAGUCUUUUCCAAAAGUUUGGUGAAACUUCUGAACUUUUUGUCAACAAGGAAAAGAACUUUGCUUUCAUCAGAAUGGACUUCCAUGUCAAUGCAGAGAAAGCUAAGCGGGAGCUUGAUGGCUCUAUGCGAAAGGGGCGGCCUUUGAAGGUUAGGUUUGCUCCUAACAGCACAGCUGUCAAGGUGAAGAACUUGACUCCCUAUGUCACAAAUGAACUGCUUGAUAAGGCUUUCUGUAUUUUUGGAGAUAUUGAACGUGCAGUUAUUAUCACUGAUGAACGUGGCAAAUCUACUGGAGAAGGCAUUGUAGAAUUUGCCCGAAAGCCUGGUGCACAAAUGGCUCUGAGAAGGUGCUCUGAAGGGUGCUUCUUCCUCACAUCCUCACUUCGCCCUGUCAUCCUUGAGCCAAUAGAACAAUUAGAUGAUAUUGAUGGUUACAGUGAAAAAGUAAUACCAAAGAAGAGUUCAGACUAUAUGAAAGCCAGAGAGGUGGGACCACGUUUUGCGUCUCCUGGAAGCUUUGAGUAUGAAUAUGGUACACGCUGGAAGCAGAUGUAUGAAAGGCGCAAGCAGAAGGAGGAAGCACUGCAACGAGAAAUGAAAAUGGAGGAGGAAAAGCUUGAAGCUCAAAUGGAAUAUGCCAAGUAUGAGCAUGAAACUGAGAUGCUCCGUGAACAGUUAAGACAACGCGAGCUUGACCGAGAAAGACAAAAGAGGGAUUGGGAGCUCAAAGAAAGACAAGCAGAGGAGCAACGACGCCAAGAUGAGGAAAUUAUGCGCCGACAGCAGGAGGAUAUGUCCAUGCGCAUGCACCACCAAGAAGAAGAAUUGCGGCGGCGCCAGCAAGAGAAUUCUUUGUUUAUGCAGGCUCACCAGCUUAGCAGUCUCCUUGACCAACAAGAACAAGCCAUGGGAAACCGAGGAAAUUAUGAGUCUCCUCAAGGUGGAGAUGCACCUAUGCGUGAUUAUGAUGCAGCUGCAGGACAAGGACAAAUUCCAUCGGAUCCUAAGGCUUUCAUGGACGCUUACGAGCGUGGAGGCCGCUACGACAACCAACGAGGAGACAUGAUGGACGAUAUGGCCAAUGGUGGUGGCCGUAAUCGAUCUCGCUGGGGUGCUCCUGAAAGGGCUAGGGUUGAUGACUACCAGGCGAAGAGGAGACGCUUUUAAUGAAAUUGUAAAUUAUUGACUAUUAGGAGGCUUUGCUCACAUGAGCUUUCAACCUUCUCAAUGGGACGGAGUUUAUCUAUCUAGGACAUAUUUACAGCACUCUCAUUAAAAUAUAUGAAUUAAAUUUAAUGCAGAUUAUUGCAGUCAUCUCUUGAGUAUAUACUUCAUAUAGUGUGUAACUUGGUGUUAAAUGACUUGACUAUUUGGUCAUGAUUAAAAUUAGGAUGAGCUACUAAGAUAGUUCUGAUAGUGUUAGUGGUAUGCAAUCUUGCAAUAUGAAUCAUGCAUGAUCAUGGUCUUUCAAAAGGAAAAAUUUAUUGUUUUCAGAUUAUUCUAACUUUUUUCUGAUUGCUACUUUAUUGUAUGGUAGUGUUACCACUAGUUGAAUGACAGUACUGUUUGUGUAUAAGAAUUCUUAUCGAGCUGAUCAAGUUUAUCUUAUGUUUUAUUUUUUAUUACAACCAUUUUGAUUGUAUGAGCCAAU